GCAGCAAUACGCAACACAGCGUCUCGUCUGCCGGAAAAUCACACAAAGACGUGACCAAGAAGAAUUUCCAAGUUUGCGUUUUUACUGUUGUUACUGCAACCUUUAUUAACACCCUGGAACUCAAAAUAUGACUAAUUUAACUGCACAGCGUCACAUAUUUACCCCAUGUAGUGUUUAAUUCGCGUUGGAGACAGGUUGAUACAUGUUAUCUAGGUAACGCUAGUUAGCUGCUAACGUUAGCUAACAAUGUCUAGCUGUAUGGUUUUUCACACUCAAAUAGCCUCCAUCAUGGAGGUGCUAGCGAAUGCAGCCGUGGCAGAAAUCUGUAAACUCGUAGACGACGACUAUGCAGUGUUUCGUUUGGAAAUAACUCAAAGCCAGAAAGAAAACAGGGCAUUGCGGAGGAAACUACUGGAAAUGAAAGUGGCACGGGAGCGCGCAGAGAGGACAACGCGAGAGCGCGGCCUCGCCAGUCGUCCCAGUAGUGUCAAGAUCCUCGAUCGAUACAGAGGAAUGGCAAGAGUUGAAGGACAUCUCACUGGAGGCCACAGGAGCUUUGUGAAGCCAGCGGGACACAAUACAUGGAGAGAUGACCAACCGAUCACUGUUGAUGAGGGGAGUGUAACCUCAACCCAGUACUUUAUUGGGAUCGAGUCUGCAGAUAAAGAGGCUGCAGGUCCUGGGGUCAAGCUGGAGAGGUUUGAAGGAGUGGAGGACCCACUGCACAACAGAGACAUCCAGUCUGGAGCGCCCCCUGUAGCCAAUGAGGACCCCACCACCACCCCAGUGCAGUCCAGGACACAAUGCCUCAUCACGGAGUCAGUAGACAUGGAUGAUGGGAAGCCUGAUCUGCUGCUGGUCAAAGAGGAGACAAUAGAAGACAGACCAGAGAACAUUGACCUGCUGAGUGGACUAAAGAUGGGGGAGCAAGGCGGUUGGCUGGAGGAUAACAGAGGCGACUGGGCGGCCAUAUUGGAUUACCAUACAGGUGCAGCCAAGGGCCCAGGGGACAACAUCAUCGAGCAAGCAGGGACCAAAGGCAACAUAGUGGAGUCUGCAGUCCAUGAGGACCUGCUGAUAUCCGGUGUUGCUGGCUGGAAAUACUGGACCUCUGAGGUGGCUGGUCACAAACCAUGGCCCCGGAUCAGAACCAUAGAUCAGGGGCCAUCACUCUUCCUUCCAGAGUCGGAACAAGGACCGAACCACGAGGGACAGAGACUCCACCACCACACAAAACACAACCAGUGGACUGAACAACCUCAGUCCUGGUGGUCAUCAGAGAGAUAGAGGUUCCAGUCAGGGAUCCAGUCUGCAGCCCAGACCCUUCUCUUCACAGUCUCAGUGCAGGGAUGAAGCAGGGUCUGGGGCUGAUAGAGAUAGACCCUCCUGUUCCUAUGAUACAAACACCACAGUAUCCACAAUGAACAGAGCAGGUCACCCUGGGCUUCAGCCUUCAUAGAGAGUGGUGGGAGACUCCCCUGGUGGUAGUCUAUCAGCAGGUCUGUCUUCUCCUUCAGAGUCUCCUCUAAUGCCUGGUGACUGGGUUCAUAGAAAGCCUGGACCUGGGUCUAGCCUUCCUCAGUUACCUCAUGGUUACCCCACUAAUACAGACAAGGUCAGGAUGGGCGUUCACCACAAGCGGUACCUAGCCUAUAACACAGCACACAAUCCCAACAACACCCAAACAAUGGCUAGAGGUCAAGGAGGGAGCUCAAAGACUAACCACCUGAGGGUGGUCGCUCCUGCUUCUACCUCCUCUGGUGUCAUUGGGUCACAACGUGGGAGGCCGAGCGUUAGGACAGACGCUGACAAGCAUUACGCCUGUUCCACAUGUGGGAAGUGCUUCGCUGAGGCAAACUAUGUGAAGGAGCACCAGACCGUUCACACCAAGGAGAGGCCCUUCAAGUGCAAACUAUGUUACAAGAGCUUCUCCUUCCGGAGUAGCCUUAUCAGACAUAGGAGUGUCCACAAUGUGGAGAAAUCGGAGCAGUGUGGCUAGAGAGGGCUCCCGAGUGGCGCAGCGGUCUAAAGCACUGCAUCUCAGUGCUAGAGGCAUCACUACAGACCCUGGUUUGAUUCCAGGCUGUAUCACAACCGGCCGUGAUUGGGAGGCCCAUACGGCGGCGCACAAUUGGCCGAGCGUCGUCUGGGUUAGGAUUUGGCCGGGGUAUGCAGUCAUUGUAAAUAAGAAUUUGUUCUUAACUGACUUGCCUAGUUAAAUAACUAAAAAUGUGAAGAUGUACACAGGGGACCAUACUUCAGCUAUCAUGUGAAGUGACCUGGAGUAAGAGCAGUGGCAUUCUGGAGGUGGGCAGAACGCCAGUGGGCAAUUAGUAUACUCACUUCUUAAUCCCCACGAUGCAUAUCAAAGUAGUGUAGUGGAGGUAUACCCUGUGUCAAUAAGGCUGAUGGAACAGAUCUAGAAUGUUUAUCUUACAAUGUUGCUAAACUAUUAUUUCGUCACAUUUUCGCAACGUGCACACAGUGUUAAGCCUAUGCGCAAAUGAUUCAAAAUUCAAUUUGUGGGAAAAGAACUUUGUGCAAUCGUGAGGAAUAAAAUUGGCUACUUCAAAAUGGAGAUAGGCUCAGUGGUGCUGCCCAUAAUGGCAUGGAUACAGUAAUGAGGCCUCUUUCCAUCUACGUUUUGGCCUGACUGUGAAAGACCAAUAUGGAUUCUAUUAUUUUAGGUCAUUUAGAGUGUAUGUCACUUUCACAUUACAUUAAUUACACAGGGCACCUUUUCUUCCUGUUUGGGAAUUUUUUGGGCACCACUUCACCACUGGGUAAGAGGACAAUUAACCACUCAUUAACCUUUUGUUAAUUUGUCAUUUGAAAUAGGAUUGUGUAAGUACCUGUUUUUAGAGAGACAGUACCUAGGCAAGAACAACCUAGACUAGAACAAGGACAGUUUAAUAUUUACCUUACUGAGGUGAUGUAGAUGGAAUAAAGUCAUUCUAUUAUUUUCUACUCUAUUCUUGCGAACACACUUUUCUUUCUAAACAAGUCUGCUCUCAGCUUGAAAGAUACUGAUCAUAGGAGAUGUGGGGCUCUAUUUCCGGCUGGCGUUAUGGCAGGGCAAGUACAGGUUAGUUUGCAAUUUGAGUAUGUAAAAACUGACACUGGCAUUUUCCAACACAUGCGCAAGGUUCAGCAAUUGACCUGACUAAUCUCAGCUCACUAGCUCUGAGGUGGGAGGAGUGGCAAUAUUUAAGGUGUGUCCUUGAAAACAUGUGCAAAAGUGACACUUUCAUGCAGCGCAUAUCGAGAUAUUUAAGACCAAUGAAAAGCAGGUCUUAGUUGUAACUCACUUGGUAAUGGCAUGGAUUUUGUGAGCGGAAGUGCAACUUAUCCAGCCGUGACACAGAUUGCAUUUAUACUCAUGGAACAAGAGAAAAUACGUGCUUUUUAUGCCGGUAACUCUUGUAUUAAUAAAUUUUUUUAUUUUUAAUUUGGUUGAAAUUGAUUAAAAACCAAGCAUAAUUUGUGACACCUACCCCAGCCAAACCCAGACAAUGCUGGGCCAAUUGUGCACUGCCCUAUGAGAUUCCCAAUCAUGGCUGGAUGUGAUACAGUCUGGAUUCGAACCAGAGACUGUAGUGACGCAUCUUGCACUGAGAUGCGGUGCCUUAGACCACUGCACCACUCUGGAGCCCAAGUGGAUGGUCAGUUCUUGCAUCCAUAGCUUUACCUAUGAAUUUGAGAGCAGUUACAUUUUUCCAACCACAUCCCUCAAAUCAAAUGCAUUUAUAUAGCCCUUCUUACAUCAGCUGAUAUCUCAAAGUGCUGUACAGAAACCCAGCCUAAAACCCCAAACAGCAAGCAAUGCAGGUGUAGAAGCACGGUGGCUAGGAAAAACUCCCUAGAAAGGCCAAAGACAGCAAGGAGUCAUCAUGCCAGGUAGUCCUGAGGCAUGGUCCUAGAGCUCAGUUCCUCCGAGAGAAAGAAAGAAGAGAAUUAGAGAGAGCAUACUUAAAUUCACACUGGACACCGGAUAAGACAGGAGAAGUACUCCAGAUAUAACAAACUGACCCUAGCCCCCCGACACAUAAACUACUGCAGCAUAAAUACUGGAGGCUGAGACAGUAGGGGUCAGGAGACACUGUGGCCUCAUCCGAUGAUACCCCCGGACAGGGCCAAACAGGAAGGAUAUAACCCCACCCACUUUGCCAAAGCACAUCCCCCACUCCACUAGAGGGAUAUCUUCAACCACCAAAUAAUUUUGCACGCCCAAUUUUUCAGUUUUUGAUUUGUUAAAAAAGAUUGAAAUAUCCAAUAAAUGUCGUUCCACUUCAU